AUGGCAAGAGGGCGAGCUAGGAAGAGUGCCCAAAAUGGAAAAGGGAAGAAUAAGGGGUCCGGUCUGUCAUCAUCGCCGGUUAGAAAAACGAAGAGUGUUGAUGAAAUCACUGGUGUUUCGGUGCUAAAUGUGCCUAGCCCGAUAUCGAAAAAGUCGAAUGGUGCUGAAAAUGAAGUGCUAGAGGAAGGGGCGAAUAUUCCGGUAACAACGGUGAUGGAAUCUAGUCAGAAGCUAGGAGAACAAUCGGUAUUAUCGGAAUGGCUUCAUAUUAUUCAGAGUAGUGAAAAAGAGUUGGGUGCUGCAAGAAGGCUUUCAUGGGCAGAGGAUGUAGAGCGACAGGAACACCAAGUGAGUAAUUCUUUCAAUCUUGUGAAAAUUGAUUCUGAUGACAUACAGGAGGAAGUAGAGUUUUGGUCAUCUGCUGUUGUGUGUUUUGUACUGGGGGCAAAUCCACCAUUGUUAGUGAUGGAUGGGUACUUUAGAAGAGUAUGGGGGAAACUUGGAAUUAACAAAAUAGCUAUGGUGGGCAAAGGCUUAUUCAUUGUGAGAUUUGAUUCACUGGAAUCAUGUCUUAAGGUGACGACGAGUGGAUUCAUGUUUUUUGAUCAAAAACCUUUGAUCACUAAGCUUUGGGACCCAGAUAUGUCUAUGGAUAAGGAUAAUGUGUCGACUGUGCCUAUUUGGAUCAAGCUCCCUCAGCUUCCUUUCAAAUACUGGGGGGAGAGAAGUUUGUUUAAAAUAGCUGAUAUGGUGGGGACUGUUGUUAAAAUGGAUCAAGCAACAAAAGAGAAGGAGAAACUGAGUUUUGUUAGAGUUAUGGUGGAAGUAGGGAUAAAUGAUGCUCUGCCGGAUAGUAUUGCAUUCUGUAAUGAACAUGGGAAUAGGAUGGAACAAAAAGUUGAAUAUGAAUGGAGACCCAUUCAAUGUACCCAGUGCAAGGGCUUUGGGCAUGAACUAGAGGCUUGCAGGAAUAAAGGAGGAAAGAAAAUAUGGGUUAAGAAAGGUGAAGUAGUGAAGGAUAAAGAUGGAUUCCAGCAGAUAGGGGUGAGGUAA